AUGGUGAAUAACGUGCUUUUUAUCAUUGUCCUUUUGGUGGCGGUGGUGGCGUCGGCGCUUACCGUGUAUUUUGCUAUUGGUCUCCAAGAAGCAAAAAAGCUUAAGGAUGAGACUGAGGAGAGGGAAGAGAAGAUGACGAAUUCUAAGAAGGCCAUACGGUCCAUUUGCAAGCCGACGAAAUUUAAAGAAGCGUGUGAAGAGAGCAUGGUGAACUCGAACACGACGGAUCCCAAGGCGCUGAUAAUGGCGGAGUUCAAGGCAACAGUGGCGGAGAUUAAGAACGUGAUGGUGAAUUCGAAGACGGUGCAAGAUUUGCAGAAGGAUGAAAAGACGAAGGCAGCUUUUGAUCGGCGAUGUUCUCUUGACCCUCCAGGUGUGGCUGAGCGGCGCCCUUACCAGCCAAGAGACGUGUGUAGACUCGUACGCCGAGAUGGACAGUCACGCGGCGAAGAAGAUGCAGGAGAUCAUAGCCAAGUCACAGGAGUUAACCAAGAACGGCCUCAACAUUUGAACGGGUUACCGUCGAUAUUGAAAGAAUUCAACAUCGACGACAUUGAUAUCUCCUCCGCCUUUAAUCGUAAGCUUUUGUCGGGCGAUUUCCCUGAAUGGAUGAGCUACGGUGACCGGAAACUCUUGCAGGCAACACCUGCUGAGAUUACCCCUAACGUCGUCGUCGCUAAAGACGGAACUGGAAAAUUUGAUACCAUCGCCAAGGCUCUUGCUGAAGUCCCAAAGAAGAAUACUGAACGAUUUGUUAUCCAUAUUAAGGCCGGAGUUUACGAGGAGAGGAUCGACAUCCCCAAGACUGUUGGCCACGUCAUGUUCAUCGGAGACGGUCCGACCAAGACUGUCAUCACCGGUAGUGUCAGCGUCGAAAAGACACUGCCGAAACCUUCGACAUUCCGCACUGCAACGGUUGCUGUGGCUGGCUUGAACUUCAUAGCCAAGGACAUCGCUUUCGAGAACUCCAUCGGACCGGUGGGUCAUCAAGCGGUCGCCUUCAGGGGCUCCGGUGAUAUGGCCGCCUUCUAUAACUGCCAUUUCAACGGGUACCAAGACACCCUUUACGCCCACGAGGACCGGCAAUUCUACCGCGACUGUGUCAUCACCGGAACCAUAGACUUUAUCUUUGGCGACGCUAGGGCCGUGUUCCAAAACUGUCAACUUAUCGUCAGGAAGCCGCUGGACAACCAAAACUGCGUCAUCGUUGCAGAGGGGAAGGAAAGCUUAGAGUCAAAAGGCGGCUUCGUGUUCCAAAAUUGCACCUUCUCCGGCGAUAAGGACUACCUCCCAGUGAAGGACAAGAACAAGUCGUACCUCAACAGACCAUGGAGGCAUCUUGCGACUGUUAUCAUAAUGCAAUCACAGAUCGACGACAUCAUCCAACCGGAGGGGUACAUCCCGAUGAAUGGCAAUGACGGCCUGGCUACCUCGUACUACGUCGAGUUCGGCAACAGGGGACCUGGCGCUAAAACCGACGGCAGGGUCAAAUGGGAGGGUAUCAAGACACUCGAUGCGACUGAGAUAAAGAAAUUCGCCCCCGGCGUAUACCUCGAUUCCGAUGACUGGAUUCCGGAAACUGGAGUUCCCAUCAUUACCGACAUGAUCCCUGGGCUCUAAACUGGCAACAAACCUAAGGCCAUUGUUUUAUCAUUUAUUAUUAUCGUCAUUGAUGUACCUAUUAAUAUUUAUAAUAUAACAACAUUGUCGACAUUCA